UUAUGAAAAAGUAGCUUGAAUAAUAAACCGCCAAAUAUUUGAACAUUUUCCAGAAUGUAAUGACAAUCACGGUUGUUACGUCACUGGGGGAAGUACCAUGAUGAGAACUACAAAACAAACGGUGCUUUUAGGCUUUGGGCUUUUUGUCGUUUCUUUUUUAACUAUUUUGUCGCGUCGCCACGAUUUUUGGAAAAUUAGCAAUCAAAGGAUGUACCUACCCCACGCCGACAGACACCGUGUGCCCCAUUAUCGCACACACGUGCAAAAUAUAGAACAAAAUUCGAUAAAAGAAGAGCCGAAGUGGAUGACAAUUAUUCGAGAGCAGCAAGCAACUAAGAAAAGAUUUAGAGCGACCAUGAAACUUAAUACGAGUGAAAUUUGGACGAACAACAAACCAACAAAAGAUUGUAACGAUACACGUUUUUUGAAUAAAUUACUUAUUAACAAACCUGGAAAGUUUAACCGUCGGGUGGCACUAGCGAGUUUCCCUGGGUCAGGCAACACUUGGUUACGUCAUCUUUUCCACGUGACCACGGGAAUUUGGACAGGAAGUGUUUACUUUGACGCGAAACUCUAUUCGGGGGGUUUUCCUGGAGAAGUUAGCGACUGCCGCGAUCCGUCUGUUUUUGCUGUAAAAGUUCACGACGCAAUGCAUUCUGACGUCAUGGAGUGUUAUUUUGACGAUAUAAUCCUCGUAUUAAGGAAUCCCUACAACUCUAUUAUGUCGGAAUUUAACCGCCGCAAGGGAGCGUCCCAUGUAGCAGUCGCUGACGAAAAAGAAUUUCUAACAUCAGACUGGGAAAGAUACGCCAAGAUGAAAAUAAAUUCAUUUAACGCCGUUUUACAACGUUGGUUGGAACUUUGCAGUCAAAAGUCAUCCAAGCAUCGAUGUCAUAUAACUGCAUACCAGGACUUAGUUCAAAACACAACAGCCGAGAUGGCCAAGAUAUUAAAACAUUUAGGACUCCCAUCACAUCGUUUAAGGUGCUUGGAUAUACCGGGGUUCAAAGACGGUCCUUUUCAUCGCAAAGGAACGAAGACAACGAAUAAGACGAACCGUACACAACCCUUGUGUCUUUUAACACAAGGCACGCAAGAUCUUUUAAGUCGCGUGGUCGCAAACGGGAAAGAAAAACUGUUGCGCGGAGGGAGGGAGUUUGCAAAGGAAUUGGAGUACCAGAUGCCGACGUGUUAAUUGUUUAAGAAAUGUAGUGAAGAUUGGCGAUUACUCCAAGCCAGUGGCCAGUAAUGGUUAGUCCAAAUCGACAAUAAACAAUCACCCAAAGCGUAAAGUUACAUACGUGGUAUCUCGUAAGCGGGCAUGGAGUGUAUGAAACAGAACACCCGUGUGUACCGUCACCGUUCCUUGCGGUUGUGCAAUUACAACUUGCCUCGAUUCGAUUGAAAGUCGUAAUUCCAAAGCGACGACUUCAUGUUUAAUAAAAACAACUAUGGCUUUGUUGGUUUUAA